AUGGAACGAGGCGCACGUCCAGGGCAAGACCUCCCCACGAGCAGAAGCUUGUCUGCAAAGUCGGAAUUUAAAGCUCUAGCGCAUUGCCGAUUUUUUGAAUCGUGGCCGUACAUGAUUGAAAUCCGCGCCUCUGCUUCUCCUUGGCUGCUGCAUAGCGAUGCGUUGCAGUUUGGGCUCAAGAGUCGCGGGUGGGAGAAAAAGAUUAGCCGGCUUCAAAGAAUCCACCUCCAAGCCAUGUCCAAGAAGUCCCCGGGAGAUUUCAUCAAGCAGGUCUUGGGCCGCCCCGUCAUCGUGAAGCUGAACAAUGGCGCAGACUACCGUGGGAUCCUUGCCUGCCUUGACGGCUACAUGAACCUCGCCAUGGAGCAGACAGAGGAGUAUGUGGACGGUCAGCUCAAGCACAAGUACGGCGACACCUUCAUCCGCGGAAACAACGUUUUGUACAUCAGUGCGCAGCCGAGGACCAAGUGA